GCAUCCACUCCCCCGUUCCCCGCAGCUCAGUCACCCCGUCGCCCCAUACCUUGAUCGGAUUCGGAUCCAUGGCCAAGCUCGCCGUCCUUCCCCUCCUCCUCGCCGUGGCGGCCUCCGCCACCACGCUGGCGCACGGCAGCGAGCUCCCGACUCAGAUCAAGCUGAUCCGAGGCGCGGACGCCGGCGGCGUGUCCGGCGACAGCAUGGAGUGCGUGUACACGGUGUUCAUCCGGACGGGGUCGAUCUGGAAGGCCGGGACGGACUCGAACAUCACGCUGGAGCUGGCGGCGGCGGACGGCAACGGCGUGGGGAUCUCGGACCUGCCCUCCUGGGGCGGGCUCAUGGGGCAGGGCCACUCCUACUUCGAGCGCGGCAACCUGGACAUCUUCAGCGGCCGCGGGCCCUGCAUGGCGAAGGCGCCGUGCUGGAUGCGGGUGGCCUCCGACGGCACGGGGCCGCACCACGGGUGGUACUGCAACUACGUCGAGGUCACCAUCACGGGCCCGCACAAGGGGUGCGCGCAGCAGCUGUUCACCGUCGAGCAGUGGCUCGCCACCGACGCCCCGCCGUACAAGCUCGAGGCCGUCGUCGACCAUUGCUCCGCCGCCGGCGCGGGCGCCGCCGCGGCGUGAGUGCGUGACGCGGCCGGCCGAGGAGGGUGCGGUUGGUGGCGCGUCGUAAUAAGCUGUGUGGGGCCGUGUCACCUCGUGAUUAACGUGCGCCACGACACGAUGUAAUGGACGAUGUGCUUGCUGGGGUCGUGCAGCGAGUUGAAUAAUCGGGAGCCCUCUCGGGCGAGGGACGAUCGAUGCGUACUGAGUAGGCUUGGUGGUUUUGUUGAUGCUUUUUUGUGUGUGUGUGUGUGUGGGAUCUUGAUACGUGUUUUGAUCUUUGAGGAAUGGUGAUCCGCGUUAUCGUGCGUGUUUCUUGCA